AUGGGGUGUAAAACUUCYGUGCCCUGCAAUGCGACGAAAAAGUCAGAGAGGUUGUUGCGAGCCGCGCUCCUCAUCCAGAGGUGGUACCGCGCGACCAUGGCCCGGAUAGAGAUGAGGCGCCGCUACUGCCUGAACAUCUUCCAGUCCAUCGAGUACGCCGACGAGCAAGCCCAGCUGCAGUUAUCCAACUUUUUUACAUUCAUGAUGGAUCAGUUUUCUCAACCUGAUGCAGAUUCCAAGGGCCCUAGUGAUUUAGAGAUGACAGAGUCAAACUUCAGUUUAGCAGAAUUUGAAAGAAGGAUUGAUGUCCCAGAUUCCUAUUACGGACCACGACUCAAAUUCCCCCUCACUGUUGCAGAUGCCAAUGCUCUUCUUGAUGCUUUCAAGAAAGAAGAGCUGCUUCAUGCCCGCUACGUCCUGCAGCUACUGCACGAAACCAGGAGGGUGCUCAAGGAGAUGCCGAACAUCACUUACCUUUCCACUUCCUACUCCAAGGAGAUCACCGUCUGUGGAGAUUUACAUGGAAAACUGGAUGAUCUUUUGAUGAUUUUCUAUAAGAAUGGUCUGCCUUCAGAAAAAAACCCUUAUGUCUUUAAUGGCGAUUUUGUUGAUAGAGGGGACAAUUCUAUGGAAAUACUUAUAAUCCUGUUUGCAUUUCUUCUCAUCUACCCCAACGAUUUACACUUGAACAGAGGAAACCAUGAAGACUACAUCAUGAACGUGAGAUACGGCUUCACAAGAGAAGUUUUGAGGAAGUAUAGGGUCCAYGGGAAAGUAAUCCUGUAUCUUUUGGAAGAUGUCUUUAGCUGGCUUCCCCUCGCCACUGUAGUUGAUAGCAAAGUUCUCAUCCUACACGGAGGCAUUUCGGACACCACCGAUUUGGAUUUCCUGAAUUUGUUUGAGAGAAGCAAGGUGAAGUCUUUGAUGCGGCCACCCAGGUCCGUUCUAGACAUGAGGCUUCAAGUGAAGGAGAAAGGCCCCAGCAGCAGCACGCCCAGUAAGCACAGAGCCCAUCAGGGCGCUUCAGAGAGGAGGAGAGACCAGUCAUCGUCCGGGGCUGUGGGGCCUCACGAAGAAGACUCCUCUCGAGAUCCCACCCAGAAGGAAUGGCAACAGACCCUUGAUAUCCUCUGGAGCGACCCGAGGAACCAGAGGGGCUGCAUCCCAAACAAGCUGCGCGGAGGGGGCUGCUACUUCGGCCCCGACAUCACCGCCAAGUUGUUUGAGAGGUACAACCUGAAGAUGCUGAUCAGGUCUCACGAGUGUAAGCAGGACGGCUACGAGAUCGGUCACGGCGGCAAGGUUAUCACUAUUUUUUCUGCCUCUAACUAUUACGAAGAUGGGAGCAACCGAGGAGCAUACAUCAAACUGAAUCCUGAUCUGAUUCCUCGGUUUAUACAGUAUCAAGUCAGCAGGAACACCUGCAGGCAGAAUCUGCAGGAGAGGAUAAACACGGUGGAAGGGGCUGCCUUAAAGGCCUUACGGGAGAAGAUCUACGCCAACAAGACUGAGCUCAUGGAGGCUUUUAUGAGCAAAGAUCUCACUGGCGCAGGCAAACUCUCCGUCAGCGACUGGGCCGAGGCCAUGGAGUCCGUCCUGCAGCUGGAGCUGCCCUGGCGGACGCUGCGCGCCCAGCUGGCGCGGCUCAGCGCGGACGGGCGCAUCGAGUACACCUCCUGCUUCUAUGACCUGGAGAUAGAGAAGCCUGUGGAGGAGCAGGUUCAGCCAUCGUUGGUGGAAACACUGUGCAAAUACAGAAAGGAUCUGGAGAUGAUCUUUAACUUCAUUGAUAAGGAUCAGUCAGGGCUGAUUUCCCUUGAGGAAUUCCACCACACCUGGAGGCUCUUCUGUGCUCACAUGGGCGUCGAAACGGACGACGAAGCCAUCAUCAAGCUGGCCAACACCAUAGACUACAACAAGGACGGCUACAUCGACUUCAGUGAAUUUUUAGGGGCCUUCCACGUGGUUCAUAGACUAGACAAAGGCAAGUGAAUGACGGGGCAGAACAUCUUGUGAGUUCCUGCUGGAGGCUCUGCUUGCCUCUCACACRAGGCACGGGGCACUUGGGAAGCCCCUUUCCAGACUGGCAAACGACGACUGGGCUGCUUGAUGGGGUAAGAUUGAUAAAUACAUGGGCUGGAACCAACAAAAGCAUCGUGCUCACUGUGUAAGCCUUUAUUUAGUCCCUUCUGUGUGACACACACCUGCUCRUAAUGCCACAGAGGAGAUGAGAACCAGCAUUACUAACAGUGUUACAGCAUCCCUGCCACAGCUGCAUGUUACCCUUUAUCCUCACYCUGUGACCUGCCUGGGAACAGUGCUGGACCUUAGCGUGAGAGAAACCCUGGUAUGUUUUCCUUAGAAAUCAUGGAGGAAGUGUCCUGGUUACCACAAGGACCGUGCCAGCCAGACUAAUAAUAUGGGAUUCUAACAAAGCUUAAGCAGCCUUCUGUGGACUAACCAAUCUAGGAGGGGAAAGACAGGGAAAAAAGAAACAGCUAGUUAAAACAUAUAGUUCUGCAUUUAACCUUUCUCUUUGCAUGAUGCAGUGACACUGAGCAGCCCAGGCCACUACCCCUCCUCUCUGAAGUUUACAGACACAAAUCUAAAGGUUACUCUCUUAAAAGUGUUUACACGUGGUAACAGGA